AUGGCGUUCCUGCAUUCCGUGCUUAAAGAUGUCUGCGAUAAACAGCCUUACAAAGUAGGAAAAGAUACGUUGAAAAUUGAAGUUGAUAGGCUUUUUGGUAAUUUGUGCCAAGGUCAUAAUGGUUUCAAGAGUGUCAUUGGCCAGGUGGCCGAUGGUGUCCGGGGGUAUAAUAGGGAAGUGGAGCGUUCUAAUGAAGCUGUAAGAAAUAUUGUUACAGGGAUGCAGAAGAAUAUGAAGAGUCUUCAAACUCAGGUGAGUGGAAUUUUAAAGGAUCAUUCUGAUGCAGGUACGCGGGAGACAUUGAAGGCGGCGGCCGUGGAGACGGCUGCGAACUCUAUUAAGGGAAAGCUUGCUGAGUGUCUUCAAAACACUGAGGCGUUUAACAGCGCAUUCCACUUAGACGCUAAUUUAGCAAUGAAAACACGCAUUAAUGAUCUUCAUAAUCCACUGUCACUUAAUGUUAAAAAUGCUAUAGUUCGUGUUAAUGGCGAGACCGAUACGCUUAAAGCCUUAACGAAAAAGGCGUGGGACGACUUUAGGGACAUAUAUGAUGUUGUUACAAAAACCCUAGAGGAAUUGAAAAAUAACGUUAAUGAUAAGACAGGUGAGCAGGUAACAGAACUUGUGACAAUGUGGAAAAAAAUGAUUACGGGAAUUAGGGACAGGCUUAACCAAAUUGGCGAAUUGUUAGGCGGAUAUGUCGCAGAGCUGGGGAAAUGGAUGAACAACACUGAGGCAGUGAUCGAAUCAGCGCAGAAGCAUGUUAAAAGAAUUGUCAAUAAGGAACCUGGAAUCCUGAAUCAGAAUAGUAUUAAAGAAAUUAUAAAUGAAAUUAAUAAUGGAUUCGGCAAGGCAAAGGACCACCUUGGUACCUUGGUUGCGGAGGCGUUGCAGGCUGUGAAGGAAAUGGACAGUAAGCUGAAGGAAGAUUUGUUUAAGGUGAAGAACGGGAUAAAGGAGGCGAUCAGAAAUUUGGGGACAAAGUUGGAGAAGAAUGUGAGAGAUGAUUUGGGGAUUUUGAGGGUGAAGAUUGAGGGGCCGCUUGGGAAGGUUGUGACGUUUUCAGAUAGCUUUGAUCAGAAAUUUCUGGACACUAAAGCGGCGCUUACGCAGGUGACUCAAAAUGUGUUUAAUGACAUAGAAAGUGUAAGAAACCUGAAGAGUGUUACAGAGAUUCAAGCAGCAAAUGGUAUAACUGUUACAGCGCCGUUACUCAAGGCCAUUGGUGGAAAUGAUACAUUUGGAAAGGUCAAUACAUAUUUUUCCAAUCUCCAGAGUAUAGUUAUGUCUAAAGUACAGGCGGCGAUGACAGCGAUAGGUGAUGGGAUUAGACGUGCUGGGAAUGCCAAUACGGAUAUGAUGCAGAGUGCAGUAAGGGCAGCCAAAACGGAGCUUGAAAACCUUCAAAAGGUUGUCGAAAAUUCAGGACCAGAACUGACUGGUCUAAAGGGCAAACUCACAGCCAUGCUGGGGGAAGAAUUCAAGGUUGACGAUCUUGAACUCAAGUCCAAGCUGGCUAAUGGCGAUGCUCUUCAAACUGUGAUAAAUAAGCUUAAUGGAAGCAGUGAUAUCAUAUCAAAGGACGACGCCGAAAAAUUAUUCACGUCCUUAGGCCAGAUUGCUGAAGCCGUCUCAGAUCAUGCUAAGACUGUCGUGGAAAAAGUCAUGAAGGCGGUUAAACGUCAAGUGGCAAAGGAGAUUAAAGAGGUGGCGAGGGCUGUUAACGGCAAGGUUGGGAAAUGCACGGAGCUUCUUCAAGAUGGUGACAAAGUGCAAUAUGGCUCCCAAAAGAAUUUAUCGGGGCUACAAAAAUUGGUAACGGAAUUCCAGGGGGAGAUUAAGGGACCGCUUACAAGCUUCCAAUCCAAAUUUAAAACCGAUUUUUUUAAAAGGUCAGGGACUGCUCGUGCUGGUGAUGACGACUAUGAUCUCAAGACGGUCAUGUCCACCUUCAAGCAGACCUACGACACCAACUUCCGAACUGGCGAUUUCAAAAAUGUCGGCGGAACCGGUACCGAAAAUGUCCUCGACGAGGAGAUCGGCGGGGAUAUAAUGGCAUCUGGAGGCGGUGGAGGUAACAAAAUAUCCUCACUUGCCCAAAAGAACUUCACAGAAUACAUUAAACAAGUCAUCCCAGAUAGCCUGGCGCUUUCUGCUGACGACCCAAACCAGCUAGAUGGCGAACUCCCAAGGGCCAUUAAGAAUAUUAAAAAAUAUGCGCUACAAAAGUUUGAAGAAGACUUAAAAGGCAAGGACCAAGCGGCAGAUAAAUUUGAAGGCUUACUGAAACACAUCAUCACUAACCUCGAAGCUCUCACACGGGCGUUUUCUGAGACAGGAGAAGAUUUACAGCGGUAUCUCAGCGAUCUGAAAGACAGAAAAAUUAGUAUCAGCAUGGCUUCCAUCAGAAGAAAAAUUGGGAGUUUACAAAGCUCUACGCUGGCCGACGUAAUCCAAGACGUCGACACAUUCAUAGACGCUGACGCCGAGACAAUAGCAGCGUCAAUUAUAGAGAACAUUAAAACUUUUGUAACCAAUGAAAUCAAUUAUACAACGAAACGUAUCACCACCCGCGCCCGCCGCAACUACGUCACCUCCGUCAAGGCGCUGCUCACGGCCUUCGCCACGAAGGUCACGCAGGAGCUGCAGCCGUUGCCCGCCGCGAUCGACGAGGAUCUGCGAAUAGGGUUCAAGGGGUUUGUGAAGAAAAUAGAGACGCAUUUUAUUCCAAACGUUAAAUUAAUUGGCAGCUUGUCGAGGUCUACUACUACCUACGUUGAAAUAGUAGAAAAGUCUCCGCAGCGAUCCGCUGCAUUAUCUAUCAGGUUGGGUUUCGAGGGUUUCUUAUACAGCUUGUGGAGACAAGAAGACGUGAAAUGCGAUGACUUAAAAGUAGAGUCGCUGUAUACCCCUCUAAAAACACUCCUCGAUGGCCUGGAAAAAUCCCAACAUUUCGAUCACGAUUUCUGUAAGAACCGCGAGACAUUUAGCGCCGCGGUAAAUUUGUUUUCUCCUGAAACCAUGGAGGGCGCGCCGCAAAAGCUUUUGAUGCCUGUGAAGUACGGUUUGCAGAAGUUUUUGGAGGAGUUGAAAAAGGCGUACGUGAACCAGUACUCUGGUGUAAAGUUUGAACGCGAUCUGUUAGACGGUAAAUUCCUUGUUGACCACAAAAGUCAGCCCACUGCAACAUAUGACCUGAACGAGUAUGGCGAAAAAUUAUCUAAGGUGUGUUUGACGUUUUUGCGCAACUUGGCGCUUGGGUUUGAGAUCCUUAGAGAAACACUCAUCGACAUAUCGAAUCCCAAAACUCUCACUUCUAAAAUUCAUAUAGGUAACGCACUUGGUGAUUUCUUUGCCAAACGUGGAUUUGCAGUAUCCACUGGCGACGUAAAACAAGACGGUGAAUUGCGGAAUCACGAGAAUAUGAAGGGUGAGCAUGUUCACGAGAAACUUAAAAGUGCCGAUUUCAUGGAACGCUUACAUGAUUUGUUCAAUCAUCUAAGCACUUAUAAUCAAGUAUGUCACAUCCGCCAUAUUCCCGAUGGCAAGCCGCCGCGCGACAUCCGUCGUAUGUUGACUUGGAUGUCCGGACUCGGGAACAAUCCCGUCUAUGGCCCGUUGAAAGAAUAUCUCAAAACAUUGUUUCCCAAGCCAAAUGAUCCAAAUUCCCCUCCCAACCCAAAUCCUUCACUUUCGGCGUAUCCAACUGACAUCACGUAUCAGAAUUUAACGUCUACUCUCGACUUAAUCCCUGCGUAUUCAUAUAAGCUUCUAACCCGCGUAUUAGGGUUCGGCCACGAAGGUGGUCGCUACGCCUGUGACAUUUUCACAAACGAAGAUGAUUUAUUAUAUCCAACUAGCUCCGGUCAAUGCUUUGACAUGUUUAUUGAUAUGUUGUUCCGACUACGUCAACAGUUGUGCUUCCUGUAUACGCAGUGUCAUAACGGCCCUGAUAGUAGCGGCUGGUCUGAUUGCUAUUACGGCAGAAACGUGGCCGGGUCAGCAUGGAACUGCAAUGACCUCAAAUGCCCUAACCAACAAUGUCCUCAAAAGGUCGACCAAAAGGGUGGGCAAAUAGGUAACCAAACAGCUACCCAAACGUGUGACCAACACCCUACUUGUGGUCUUAAAUCACCAUUACAGUCCUUUUUGGAGGACGGCCUUCAGGGGUUCCUCCCUCAUUCAAUCACCUCUCCUGGUUGCAAGCUGACAUGUAGUCUAUCCAACCACAGAGGUAUCCCCUGCAAAACACCCAUGGGUUUCGGUGACAUCGCCACAGUGGCGUCACAUACAAAAACAGGUAUAGAUCUAAAACGUGUUCUUGGUCAAUAUUGUGGCCAGCAGGACAGUCCACUUACUAAGCUUUGCAGUCUACUCAGUUGCCUCGUUAGCCGUCCCCCUCAAAAUUUGGGUGACAUGUUCGCGUUUUAUUAUGGUUUCCUCGCAGAUUGGAAUGGAGGAUUUUAUAAAUACGAAAAGACAGCGUAUACGCAAGAUGCAUUUAAUGAAUCUGUGAACGAUGCCAAUUUCGGAACAUCAUAUACAGCUCUUGACCCAAGUCCCCUGUUUAAUAGAACUGAUCACGCUGAAAGUCACUCCAAAGGCGAUCUGCUCAGCAUAUCAACGUGCACAUCUGACUCGAAGGAGACUUGCGGUCUCUACCUUCGGCCACUGGCAUCGAACGUCUAUACCAUUUUUUCUUCGAAGUACAAGAGCAAUUACUUGUCGUGGAUCGUAUACAUUACCGAAACAUUUAACGACUUACUCCAAAAAUUAUAUGACGACUGUAAUUCAAAAUGUGGUAAGAUGCAAAAUAAAUGCCGCGGAGUGAUAUGUAUAAGGGAUUGCCCGACGGCCAUCCCAUCUGAUAAAUCAAGGAACCAUACAUCUGAAUGCGGUUCCAUUGUAAAGUGUCCGGACACCUAUCCGACACUAUGUAAAUACGGUUUUACAUUUGGAAGCGCAUAUGAUUUAAGCGGUAGAGGAAGACACCCACAUCAGAGAAGAACGUGUAACAAUUUCUGCGAGGCGCUGAAAAAAGUUCUCAGCAACAAAGAAUCGGACGGUGCACCACUCGCCAAAUUAAUUUUCAGAACCAUUCUCCCUGACAUUGUUAGCCCUCUGGUCGCUGUCGCUCCUGUACCUGCUGCACAUCGCCGUCGUCCGCCUCGACGUCCUGAGGAUACGCUCCCACCUGAGAUCACCCGCAAGCCACCGCAUCGCCGCACAGUCCCUCCUCGCCGCCGCACGCGUCAAGGCACUCGCCAACGUCAAGUACUUCUCACCGUAAUCGUGCCUUCACGUGUGAUCUGUGUAUCACCCACCCACUCACUCAACCACCCACUCAACCACUCACCCACUCACCCACCCACUCACUCACCCACUCACAUACUCACCCACUCACCUAAUCACUCAUUCACUCACCCACCCACUCAACCACUCAACCACUCACUCACUCAACCACCCACUCACAUACUCACUAACCCACCCACUCACCCCUCUUUCACUGGUCGCUGUCGCUCCCUCCCUUCUCCUUCCAUCACCUCCUCCUCUCUUGACGACGAAAUUGAGUCACUUAAAAACUCUGCCAAAUCCACUGAUAAAUCACAAAAUGACUCUAAAAUUGCCGACCUUAAAUCCAAAUUAAAAGAUCAUAUUGCCAAGUAUCACUCCCUUUCUGAGUCUGACAGGACUGCCCAGCUCAAGGACAUCCACUCCAGGAUGGUGUCCCUUGCUGAGCUCAGUGGCAAGCUUGGCCAAUUUAUUGGCAAUUCUGACGCUGUUACUGACGCCAUUAAAAAUGGUAUUUACAGCAUUGUUGACAGUAAUGAAGAGUUCAAAAGCCUUAGAAAGUCUUCGUCUUCGACUGCGCUUUCCCCUGCUGCCGUGUCUGCUGAGCUUAUAAAUGUUGAUAUGCUUAGAGAGAAAAUUGAGCAUUAUGAAGAGCUUAAAAAGCCUCUUGAAUCUAAGAAAAGUGCCCAAAAUCCUCCCCUCUCCUCUGAAGAGUCUCGCCUUUUAUCCUCUCAUCAGUCCAAGUUGGAUGCUCUUCAGAAGCUGAAGAGCCUUAAUGAGUCUUUGAGUUCACUUAAAAGACAACAAGAUAAACCUUGUGAAACAUUAUUAAAUAACCUGUGCUCCGGCUUGGAGAAGUUCCUUGGUUACCAAGAAACUUCCAAAGGCUACGACGGCACUGGCAUCGUGUACUCGGACCUCGACAGGCUCUGCGACGGGGUGAUGUCUUUCCUUCAUGGUGUUCUUGAGAGUGUGAAGGAUGAUGAGAAUGUUACAACUUAUGAUAAUAAUAAGCUUAAUAACAUUAGUACAGUUAUUGCAUUGUUGACUAAAAAUAUUGGCUCCGGGCGUGAUGGCCUUUCGAAGUCUGUCGACCAAGUGAAGGGGUGGUUGGGGAAAUAUGAAAAAGUUGUUAAACAAAAAUGUGAAGAUGUCAAAACUCCGCUUGGAAUUAUUAAAAUUGACAUGAAAAAUAGUAUAAGUGAUACAAUCUUCGAACAACAAAAAGUUAAAUCUCUCAGUACCCAGCAUAACGAGUGGAAAAAUAAAGUAGCGUUGUACCUUAAACAUGCUGAAGAGGCCUAUGAAUCCAAAGAAAAACUGGACCCAGAACUUAAGAAAAAGUUAGAAACGCCGAUGAAACUAAUUAAGCAAGCGGUGGAAGGGUUCCAAAAAACUUGUGAGAAUAGGGAUUUGGAGAGCUUGAAUGGGACGGUUGGGAGUGAGUUAGCGAAGUUGAGGAAGACCGUGGAGGAGAAUGUAAGAGAACGUAUUAAUGACUUGGAGAGUAGCUUGAAAAGUAAGUUUAGAAGUGAGAUUAAGGAGCCGUUUGGUCAAGUGAAAUCUAUGUUGGGUCAAGUUAAUGGUAAAUUGGAGCAAUGGAUUGAGGAAGCAAAGUUGGUUGUGACAAAGGCUAUUGGACAUUGCGAUUUAAUACUCGAGAGAGUUAAACUAAGGGGUCCUGGGGGUGUGAUUUUUGAGAAAGCUCAAUUGUUACAUGACAAGGGUAAAACACUUGUAGAUGCUUACAAGGUGGCGCAUGAAAGGGUUUCAGAUUUGAGAAAGAAAGUUCAAGAGUCCAUUGCAGAGUUGGAAACUGCAAUGAAAAGAGAUUUGGGGAGGCUGCAACUACAAAUUAUUAACAAUAUGAAAGCACAUGUUAAGUUAAUUCUCACUAAUGUGAAAACGGACGUUAACAAAAUUCUGAACGGCGAGAAACCACAGGAACUGAAAGGACUGAAGGGGAUUGGAAACGGCGUCGUGGAUUAUGCGACAGAGUUCACGGGGAAAGGGAGGUUCAGGAAUAAAGUGCAUCAGUGGAUUGCGGAUAUAUUGGAGGAUAAUAAAAUGGUGAAGGGGACUCUGGACAAGUGGAUUAAAGAAAAUGAAAAGAAGUUGAAUUCGGGAUAUCAGAACGCCAAGGAUGACGGUGACCAACGUGCACAAUUUAACACAAAAAUUGCUGAAUUAUUUAGGGACGCGCUCAAUGGCGAGGUGAUUGACAGUGUGAAUUUUGAGGAUGAUAAAGAAAAUAACAUUAAGGGGAAUUUGGAUAAGGUGAAAGAGGGUAUCGAGGAAUUUGUCCAGAUGCUUGGUUCACAACUGAACCCUGAUAUUCUUGACGGUGAUGAUGGCGAUGGUGGUAAUGAUAGUGUUGUUACCAAAAUAGUCCAGGUGAUUACGGAGCGUGGAAACGAAGCGCAGGGUGUUUUCAAAGAGAGGCCCGAAGACAACGGAAAUAAGCUCACAUCGGCUGUCAUUCUCGUCCUAACCGCCCUCCAAUCAAAAGCCAGCCAAGCUGCGGAGGAGCUUGAGACGUUCGCUCUUGAUGCCAGAGUAGGGACCAACACCGAAAGUAAUCAAACCAGCAUCGCUGAGGAAUUGGACAAAGCGCACAAAACUGCCAACGACCUUCACGAAGAACUUGGAAAGGUGACACAGCCCGGCGGCAGCACAGCCACUGGCAAGUUUGCCGACGGCAUCGAAAAGCAAAUUUCAGCGGAAAUCAAUAGGCAUAUUCCUGCGAGUGGAGAAAUUGUUGUCAUGACGCAAUAUAGCAAAAAGAAGGGUAAGGGCACUGACCAUAAAUAUUACGAAUUGCUUAGCAAAGAUAUUCCUGAGGCGAUGAGCGCUUUCACUACAGGUACGCAUGGUGGUCCAAUCCCAAGCGGAGAUGUUCAGGCAGAAAUUGAUCACAUUCAACGAAUUCUAAACUCAAUCACCAAAGAGCUCCAAGCGAUCACAAAGCUGGUAAAGAAUGGUACAGAUUCAGACAAAGGUACCCGAACGCUUUUGAAGGAACUCCAAGAGGGGAUUAAUACAACUGCACUGUAUAACGCGGACAUGGGCCUUACACAAGUCAAAGAAAACCUGAAAGCCAUUAUUGGCACUGAAGGGAAGGAUGACGAGAAGCUUACUACCCUGGUAGGCAUAAUUAAGAAAGCUGAUCAGUUCCACAACGAAAUUGGCACAGAAGCGACAGAGGCCAUCAAAGAUAUCCGAGAUCUUCUCCAAACCGAAGUAAAGCGAGUUACAGUUGAAAUCCGAAACAAGGCACAAGAGUUCUAUGCUAGGACUAAGCGAACGGAAUUGGGAAUUUUGCAGGCAAUAAUCCUCGAACAACACGGAACAAUUUCGGAUGUUAUUGAGAAAGACAAAACAACAGGCGUUAAAGGUCUUUUGAGAAUAAUUAAAGGCGAUAUGGAGGGUCAGGGUGCGAGUGACGAAAAGUCGAAUCUCCUUGACGAUGUCAAGAGUGCCGGGACCCAAACUAAGGACCAUGGAGACAAAUUAAUCGAUAUAUCAAAUAAAUCACAAGCUUACUUCGAACAUAUUUAUCGUUAUGUGCACUAUGACAUGUUUCAGAAUUUUGAGCCUCAGAGUGAACUCGCCGGGCAAUAUUCCGAAACCAUUAAAUCCAUCCACUCCGCUCUGACCACCCUCCUCUCCCACCUGCGCGAGCAAAAACACUUCACCCACCAAGUCCCCGGAAUGCUCGCGGAACUCAAGACGUCCGUCCAAGCACUCCACUCCACAAAUUUCGGCAACCCCGCGUACCCCGUGCUCGACGCUUUCCCCAAGAGCCUGGUGCGCUUCGUCGAGCAGCUGGAGAGGGGGUACGUGAACAGGUAUGAGGGGGGUGAUAAAAUAACAUGGGAGAAAAAGGGCACUACAGCAACCGUGUACACUACUCAUGUCAGCUAUGAUACUGAGUUGACUGAGGAAAGCCAAAAGGGUGCUAAAGUGUUCCUUAGCAUAAUGGACAUUAUUUCUGAUGCCUUUAGCAAAAUGGAUUACAAGUGUAAUGGUGACUGGAGUAGUAAAAAGCUCUGCGAAAAAGUCAACGGUGAUGAAAAUCCCCUCGGCGCAUUUUUGAAACGCUGCGGUUUCGAGGUCGCCAAAAAUGAAGCGUCAAAGGACGGCGAAUUACAUCAUGAGAGUGUAUGGAAUGGGAAUAAGAUACAUACUGAUUGCCUUAAGGCCGUUCAAGACGCCACCAACAAUGAACAUCUUAAAGCGUGCGCAUCCAAAAAGGCGGACAUUAAUGUAUUGAACAUUCUUUCAUGCCUUAUGACUCACCUUAACCAAUAUAACCAAGUAGGCCACAUAGCAACAUUCGCCGCCACUAGGACACCCUGCAGCAUUUUCGAUAUGCUGUGUUGGCUGUCCGGCCUUCCGCAUAAUGCAGUAUUCGAGAAAUUCACAGCACAUUGUAGCUCAUACGACACAAAAGGUGACACCGAUUUACGGAAACGUUUGUUAGACGCCGUAGCAUAUAGUUUCCCCAACAUCGGCAAGUAUUCACAUAAUAUGUUGACCACCAUUGUUGGCACUGGAAACGCCGAUACUAUGUACGCCUCUGACCUCGCUAACAACUCUCUUAAAUUUAAGUAUCCUUCAUCGGGCGAGGGAUGUCUGUCCACUCUUCUAGACAUAUUGCGUAGAUUGUUGCCAGUAUGUAGAUUCUUGUAUAAACAAUGUGGAGUCCGUCCAUCUCAUUUCGGUUGGCGUGAUUGUCAGUACGGCAAGAAUAUUCCCACCGCCAAGUGGCCGUGUACCGACCAUCCAACCGGCCAAGCAAACACCGAACCAAAAGACCAAUCAACGUGCCAACCAACGUGCCAGGCAAACAGCAAACCAAACUGCCAACCAACUUCCCCCCUGAUGAGUUACCUAAACGACUGCUUACCGGGCCACUUACCUCAUCAAUUAAUGAGUGUUGGAUGUAUGUCGGUAUGCUCCACCUGCCCUUCCACUUCCAGGAAUGGUAUCCCAUGUUUAACACCAUUAGGCUUUAGAGCCUUUUCUGGGUCAACGAAAACUGGCCGAGAUUUAUGUGAGAUUAUAAAGAAAUUCUUCACCAAUGUGAAUCUUUCAUCCCUCUUUUGCCUGUCGCCCAAACCACCAGUUACCCUUCCAGAGCACUUUGGUUUCGCUUUGUCGCUUGUUGGCCAAUGGGCUGAUACUUCUAGGUAUGGCGUCGACAGACUUCAGACUGCAAUUGAAUCCACAAUUAAGGACAAGUCCAUCGCACUUUAUGAUCCGCCGACAGAGCUUAUGAACGCUCUCACCAACGCUUAUGGGCAUGGCAUAGAAGGCCAUGACGAAUGUGAUGAUACGCAUGUCACUAGUCUCACAUCGUCUGGUACGUGCAACAGCAAGAACACCCACAGCGCUCCCUAUCUGUCGCCUCUUUGCUCCGAUGCGUACAAAUACCUUGCCAACAAAAAUGCUGGUCUGUAUCUGUCGUGGAUUGCAUAUCUCCCAUGGGUAUUUCAACAAUACCUCGAAUGUUUGCUUGAUGCUUUCAAGAACAUCUUCUGCCACGAAUGGGGGUGCCACGUAUGUUUCUAUAACGAUAAGUGUAAAAAAGGGAAACACGGUGAAUCGGAACAUCCGUGUCAAUGCAGUUCCAUAGUGAAAUGCAAGGGUGUUGCACCAACUCUAUAUAGUUACGGAUUCACAUUUAACGAUGUGCUUUCAUUGAACGCAUCGAAGUUUGCAACAAAAUGCUCUGACUUCCAAGAACAGCUGAGUAAAGUAACAAAAUCCAACUAUUUCACAGAGCUAUUUAAACAGUGUGAUGAACUACUCUGGAAAAUCAGGGAGCCAUUCUCACAGACAUUGUUAGCCCUCUGGUCGCUGUCGCUCCUGUACCUGCUGCACAUCGCCGUCGUCCGCCUCGACGUCCUGAGGAUACGCUCCCACCUGAGAUCACCCUCAAGCCACCGCAUCGCCGCCCAGUCCCUCCUCACCGCCGCACGCGUUGGGAAAAUUGCCAACGUCAAGUACUUCUCACCAUAA